CCAGGAAGAUAACCUGUCUUAUUCUGCAUCCUUAGCACAAAGCAGACUCAUGACUCAUAAUACAGCAUAUAUGGAUGAUGUUCAUAUCAAGCAUGCAAGGAAACUGAAAGAAGCCAAGCAUGUUUUGAUGAGCAAAGUGACGGAGGAAGGAAGGGAAGUUUUUCGCAUGAUUGAUGCUAUCCAAAGGCUUGGCAUUGAGUACCUCUUUGAAGAGGAGAUUGAAGAAGCUCUACAAAAGAAAUCAUCCAUGGUUUCUAAGCUAUACUGUAGUAGUGAUCGAGAACUGUUGGAUGUAGCACUUCAAUUUCGUUUAUUGAGACAGCAAGGAUACUUUGUUCAUGAAGACGUAUUUAACACCUUCAUGGACAAGGAAGGGAAUCUCGGAGAAAACAUUAGAGCAGAUAUCAUGGGGCUUCUCGAAUUGCAUGAAGCCUCUCAGCUCAGUGUAGAAGAUGAGAACAAUCUCGACGAAGCAGGAGAAAAAAGCCGGAAUCUUCUUGCUGCAUGGCUGCUGUCUGGAAAUCAAGAUCCUCGUCUGGCCAAACAUAUCUCAGGUGCAUUGCAGCUUCCUUUUCACAAAAGCUUGCCCAGGUUUUCACACAGAAGAUUUUGUUCGAAUGAUUUCCAGUUCCAAGUGAAUAAGAGCUGGAUUCACGCUUUACAAGAGUUAGCCAAUUAUGAUUCCUGCAUAGUUACGUCCGUGCACCGGGAGGAAUUCGUUCAGGUUUGCAAGACCUUGGACUGAACAAGGAGUUGAAGCUUGCGAGGGAUGAACCACACAAAUGGUACAUGUGGCCAAUGGCAUGCCUGACAGAUCCCAAGUUCUCAGAGCAGAGGAUGGAGCUCAUAAAACCCCUGUCCCUUGUCUAUAUAAUUGAUGACAUCUUCGAUGUUUAUGGAUCUCCGGACGAACUUGCUCUGUUUACAGAUGUGGUUAAUAGGUGGGAUUUGGAAGCUGCUGAGAAACUUCCACAACACCUGAGAAUAUGUUUCAAUGCUCUUCAUGGCAUUACAAAUGAAUUCGCCCAGAAGGUCUAUCUUAAGCAUGGAUGCUACCCUUUGAACACCCUACGCAAACUGUGGGUUCAAUUGUGCAAUGCCUUCCUUGUAGAAGCAAAGUGGUUUGCUUCUGGUCAUGUUCCUAGUACUGAGGAGUACUUGAAGAAUGGGAUGAUCAGUUCAGGAGUACAUGUGGUGCUAGGACACACCUGGUUUCUCCUAAAUCAUGAUAUAACCACCCAAACAGGAGGCAUUAUGAAUGACACUCAUGGCCUUGUUUCUUCAGUAGCCUCAAUUCUUCGCCUCUCUGAUGAUUUACAAGGAUACAUGGAAGAUGAUCAGAAUGGUCAUGAUGGAUCUUAUGUGGAGUGUUACAUGAAGCAGCACAGAGGCAUUUCUGCAGAAGAAACACGACAACAUGUGAGCCACAUGAUCUCAGGCUCAUGGAAACGUCUCAAUCAAGAAUGCCUUGCACCAUUUCGAUUUUCAUCAACCUUUAAGAAGGUAUGUCUCAACACUGCAAGGAUGGUGCGUCGCAUGUACAAUUCUGAUGGCAAUCACUGCUUCUUAGAUCGAGAAAAUCUUAUGAGUUAUUUGCUGUGAGGUAUCGUAGGUCACCAUUUAAUUGGUAGAGCGCCCAAUGAUCAGACUGAGAGACAUGUUUCUUUACUUUU